GUGAUGGCAUCCCUCUCUGACGAAUUUACUCUUGAAUCUGUGAAGGACUUUAUGGUGUUCCGGGGUGGCAGGGUGACGAAUCAUGAACUGGUGAACCACUUCAAGAUAUACCUCACCAAUCCUUCAUGUAAAGAGACUGCGAGGAACAAGUUCAAACAGUUUGUCAACACUCUGGCCAACAUCAGCAACGAGGGCGGUGAGAAGUACCUGGUGUUGAAGCGCAAGUACAGGGCGGGGACGCCUCUGGAUGACGAGUAUGUCACACCAGCCCAGUCACCCUCGGGACCCGCCUUCACCACCCCCAACCAGUUCAACGUGUAUGGCAGCCCUCAACUCAGCUCCCCCAUCUCCCCCGGCACACCUCCUGCCCCUCCCUUACCAACCAGAGCUACUCCACCAUACAGGGCGCCCCCAUACAGGCCACCUCCCCCCGCCACGCCCUCCCAUCAAGGAUAUUUACCACCAGAAGACUUGAAAUUCAGUGAACGAAGGUAUGACGGCUCGCCGCAACACUUCAAUGGGCGAAGUGAGGCCAGGUAUCAUGGUGAUAUUCCCGUGUACCACCCAGGGAGUGAACCCAGAUAUCCCCCCGUGGCUGAUCCGCGCUUCAGCGAGGCGAGGUACCCCUAUGAGGAGCCCGCCGACCUGGGCAUUCCUCCGCCUCCACAAACGAUGCGCUCUGCCAGCUCUUUAUCAUCCCUCUCAAGCAGCGUGUCGUAUGGGGGGUCAUCAGCCCCUCACUCCCCGGCACAGCCAUAUGGUGGCUAUGGUAACGUCCCUCCCUUGGUCCCUCUGUCAGCCUCGCGUCCUAAGUCCCUCUCCCUCCACCAAAUGUCCUCCCCCUCGGAAGAUGGUGAUUCUCAAUCAGUGUCGGCCACAACGGUGUCAUCCUCCUCCUCCACGUCGUCUGAGGAGCCGCCUCCCCCAGUGCCACCUCGACGCAGACAGGCAGACAACAAGGAAAACUUGAGACCCGCGCCCGACGGCGAAGAAGGUGUCAAAAUGGCGAUGGGGGACGGAAACAACGAGGACGGGGCCGGGGAGGGCAGGGGAGAGGAACGCAAGAUCUCCAUAUCUGUGCGAGAACAAACUCAGAAGUUCAACAAAAUGGCCUCAGAGUCACAACUCCCGUCGUCCUCCUCCCGCGCCUCCUCCAAGAGCAACAGGAGUUCUAGGAGUGAUAAGGAUGAUGACGACUCCACAUCUAUACUCUCGUACGGGCCCGAGGGUCAGGAGUGGCAGAUUGCCGUCGCCAAGAGUGACUUCAACGAAAUACUGCGGCUGCUCAAGAUUCACCCAAGCCUCGCUCGACACAAGGAUAUCGCCAAUUAUACAGCGCUCCACUGGGCCGCCAAGCAGGGCAGGACUGAAGUGGUGAAGCUCCUCGCUGGGACGCACCACGUGGAGAUCAACGCCAAAUCCAAUGGGGGCUACACGCCGCUGCACAUCGCCGCCAUGUACAACCGCACCGAGGUGUUUGACCUGCUCGUGCACUACGGUGCUGAUCUCAACAUGAGGGACUAUUCGGGAAAGAAGCCUCGCACCUACAACACCAUCGCCUCCACAGUCUCGCAGGACACGCAGAGACGAAUCGUGCAGCGAAGGAAUUCUGUGAAAGAUGCAGCUGCAUUCCUACGCAUUGGUUCCCUGAAUGUGAAGGUGCGCAAGACCACAGAGGCCUUCAACAGUCUGCUUUCUCGUGACGUGGAAGCAAAACUCCAUCGGGCAUGGGGCUCCAGCGACUCCCUCCCAGAUGCUGAAAAAGAAACAAAAUUAAUGCCACCUCCAAAGUUUGGACCAAUUAAGAAGAGAAAACUCAAGAAAGACCGUGACGCUCCAGCAGCUCGUCCUGUUUCUGCCUACUCUGUGCUCACCCCUUCAGAGGACAAUUCAGCUUCCAUGCAGACUCCUUCAGGAACUCAUGUUAAUGCUGAUUCUGAUUCAGACUCAGCUUAUGGUUUUGGCUCAGAGUGGCACUGAUUUCCUAGAAUUAAGACUUGGGAAGCAGAUUUCACUUUGCAUCUUCAACAAAACAUGACAAUGGGUAAUGCAUAUUUUUAGGAGUGAUGGGGUUAUCAUGUAAUACAGUCUUGUUUAAGCUUCAUUGUAGGCUACUCAGCUCAAUAUCAUGUAGAUGUGCUAAGAAAUAAUCAAAACCAUAGAUAUUUAGGUCCUUUACGAUGUGGUUGGUCCAGUCAGACACAGGCAUGGGAUGCCUUAGUUUAUCAAA